AGUACCAUCCCUAACAUAGGAGGACGACAAAAUAGCAUAGCUUUCCGGCCGUUGUGAAAUUAAACACGGCUUUUAAACUAAGACGCUCCCUCGUCUGAGUGACUCAGUAACGCAGAUCGUCCAGAUAUGGAGGCUGACAACAUGGAAGAGAAUAGCACGGAAGUCGCAGUAACCGCAAAUGACUCAUCGCCGGCACUGAAUGUGUUGUGUGCCAUUUGCAACGAGUUUUUCCGGGCGAACGACACAAUUUAUUCCACGGCACAGUGCGGUCACGUUUUCCACAAGGAUUGCCUCACCCGCUGGCUAAGCAGAUCCCUCACCUGCCCGCAGUGCCGCUCCCACUGCCACCGGAAUCGCGUCCAUCGAAUUUACCUAAACUUCGCCGAGCGCACCGAGCUAGACGAUGUGGAGCCGCCAAGAAUGCCCAUCCAGUGGGUGGUAAUGGACUUGGAGGUGGACAGUCCCACGGAAGCACACCUGCCGCCUGAGGGAGCCAUCCAGUGUGGCACCGACGAGGACGGGCAUCCCACGUACGUGGCCCGUGCUUAUUUUAGGGACGAUCGCCUGCCAUGUAGCUAUGUGGUGGAAAAGAAGGCUGCCUUUGGAUCGUAUAGCUGCCGUGCCUACGCUCUUACCGACGAUGUGGAGCUGCUGGUGGUGAACGACUGCGACUAUAAGUGGGUGCCCGGCGAGCACGGAAGCUAUCCGGAGGAUGCUUUCAAGAUCGGAUACUCGGAGAUCGGCGAGGUGACCUAUACGGGCCGUGGCCUGUACCAGGGUAUUAUGCGGCUGGGCAAGGUGCAUCCCUCGCACAAGAGAAUGUACAUACCGCACCGUGGCCAGGAGGUUAACAUCACUACUUAUGAGGUCCUGGUGGUCACCCCGCGUGAGCAGGCUGAGCGCUGAUGAUCUGCCUUAAUUGUGUUUUUAUCAAAAAAUCUCGUUACCCCUAUUGUGUACUGUAUUAAUCUGUGUUAUUUAUGUAUGUAAUGUAAAAGAAAAUAUAUUGGCACCUUGGAAUCCCUUAGAUUGUAAGGAUGUUCUUUGAUGUCCGUCUAGAAGAA